AAACCAUUCUCUCCUCCCCCUUCAUUUUAUUUCAUUUCCCUUCUAUAAUUUUUAUAUCUCCGAUUUGAUCCAACGAUCCACAGAUCUCGUUUCCACAUGGCAUCCAACGGAGACAAACCACUGAUCGUCAGCUUCGGCGAGAUGCUCAUCGACUUCGUCCCCACCGAGUCCGGCGUCUCCCUCGCCGAAGCUCCGGGCUUCCUCAAAGCCCCCGGCGGCGCUCCGGCUAACGUCGCCAUCGCCGUCUCUCGUCUCGGCGGACGAUCCGCCUUCGUCGGAAAACUCGGCGACGACGAGUUCGGUCACAUGUUGGCUGGGAUCCUGAGGAAAAACGGCGUCGCUGAUCAGGGGAUCAACUUCGACACUGGAGCCAGAACCGCCUUGGCGUUCGUGACGUUGAAGGCUGACGGAGAUCGGGAGUUUAUGUUUUACCGGAAUCCUAGCGCCGAUAUGCUUCUCCGUCCCGAUGAACUCAACCUCGAGCUCAUCAGAUCGGCUAAGGUGUUUCACUACGGAUCAAUAAGCUUAAUAGUGGAGCCAUGUAGGUCAGCUCACUUGAAGGCCAUGGAAGUUGCGAAAGAAGCAGGAGCUCUUCUUUCCUACGACCCAAACCUCAGGGAACCUCUGUGGCCAUCAAAGGAAGAAGCCAAGACACAGAUCAUGAGCAUCUGGGACAAGGCUGAGAUCAUCAAGGUAAGCGACGUCGAGCUCGAGUUUCUCACUGGAAGCAACAAGAUCGACGAUGAAACCGCAAUGUCCUUGUGGCACCCCAACUUGAAGCUCUUGCUUGUCACUCUCGGUGAAAAGGGUUGUCGGUAUUACGCCAAGAAUUUCCGUGGAUCCGUUGACCCUUUCCAUGGGAACGCGGUGGAUACAACAGGAGCUGGAGAUUCCUUUGUUGGUGCUCUCCUAAACAAGAUUGCCGAUGACCACUCCAUCCUCGAGGACGAAGAGAGAUUGAGAAAGGUGCUAAGAUUCGCAAACGCUUGUGGAGCAAUCACCACGACCAAAAAAGGAGCCAUUCCAGCUCUUCCUUCAGAUGCUGAAGUUCUCAGCUUUCUUGAAGGGAAGUAGAAAACAAAAAACAACUCUCAAGCUUUCUCCAAGUAAAUCUGUUUUUGCUUAUGUAAUCUUGUUGUAAGAGAAACCAAUUAGGCAGGCAUUACGCUAUGUUUUGUCUCUUUUGCUCAAAUGUAAUGAUUUAAAGGAACUAUGCUUAAAAUUCAAGGCAUCAUUUGCUAAUAAAAGAUACAUAUUUUUUUGAA